AUCAGACAGAAAACAGCAAGUGCCGUGCACGCGUACAGCAACGACGGUAGUAUUGUGUGAACCGUGAACAAGCGCAGUUGCAAUUGGCAGUAUGAGCAACGACGAGAAGUAUGUGUUCUACGGGGGAUCAUUGGAGGAACCGAUCGAGGCCGGCUGUCAUUCGCUGGGCGAGCUGAUCAUCAAGCGUCUGAAGGAGAAUGGGGAUGGAGUAGCGUUCAUCGAUGGCGUAACGGACGAAAAGUUUACGUACGCCGAUGUGUUGGAACGCUCCGUUCGGCUGGCAAACCGGUUCCACCGGCUGGGCAUCAAAAAGGACACGGUGGUGGCGGUGAUGUGCGAGAAUCGGAUCGAACUGCCCAUCGUGUCGUUUGCGGCUACGUAUUUACGAGCAAUACCGAUCCUGCUUAAUCCGGGCUACACCGCCACCGAGCUGGCCCAUGUGCUGAAGUACAGCCAGCCGCGCGCUAUCUUCGCCUCCCCGCUCGCAAUGGCCACCCUGCAGCCGCUCCUGCGCACGGUACCGUCUAUCAAGCUGACCGUACUGUUCGGCGACAAGAAGCCGCACCCGAAGGUGACACUGUUCAGCGAGCUGUUCGAUCGCAAUCGGGCACAGUACAUCAGCUUCACGCCGCAGCCGGCCAAGCUGCCCGAUCAGGUCGGCCUGAUGGUGCUGUCUUCCGGGACGACCGGCCUGCCAAAGGCGGUCCAGCUAACGCACCACAACAUCAUGUGCGUGCUGGCGUACAUGCGCGAGAAUGCUAGUGUCAUCCCGUUCGAGCAGAUCUCGCUCGGACUGCUGCCCUUCUUUCACGUGUACGGCUACAUGGUGCUAAUGCACUCGCUCAUCAACAAGCGGGUGGUCGUAUCGCUACCCCGCUUCGAGCCAACCCUGUUCCUGUCGACGAUACAGAAGUAUCGCGUGACGAUCGCCUCCCUGGCACCGCCGCUGAUGGUGUUUCUCGCAAAACACCCGCUAGUCGACAAGUACGAUCUGAGCUCGCUGGUCUUCAUCGGUUGCGGGGCAGCUCCGCUCAGCAAGGAGCUCGAGCUGGCCGUGAUGAAGCGUCUGCCGCACCUGCAGAUGAUACUGGUCGGGUAUGGGUUGAGCGAAACGUCGCUCGGCGUUACCACGCGUGCCUCGGACGUGCACGGCAGCGUCGGCAAGGUGAAUAAGCUCAGCUGGCUGAAGGUGGUCGAUGUGAAGACGGGUCGCACCCUCGGUCCGCAUCAAACGGGCGAGAUCUGCGUGAAGGGUCCGCUCGUGAUGAAGGGCUACCUGCACAAUGAGCGCGAAACGCGCGCCAUGAUCGACCGGGACGGAUGGCUGCACACCGGCGACACGGGCUACUUCGAUGAGGACGAAAACUUUUACAUCGUCGAUCGCAUCAAGGAUCUGAUCAAGUACAAGGGCUUCCAGGUGCCGCCGGCCGAGGUCGAGGCGGUGCUGCUAACGCAUCCGGGCAUCAAGGACUGUGCGGUGGUCGGUCGGCCAGAUGCUGCCGCAGGUCAGCUGCCGGUUGCGUUUGUGGUGCUGCAGCCGGGCGCCAAACUGACCGAGCCCGAGGUACAGCAGUACGUGGCGGAACGGUUGUCCAAGCAGAAGCAGCUGCACGGCGGCGUGCGAUUCGUGCACGAAAUUCCCAAAACGGCUAGCGGGAAGAUUUUACGCCGCGAGCUGGUAGCGCUGUUCCCGAAGGCAAAGCUUUAAAUCAAGCAGAGAGCGAAAGUUGACGCGUCAUGCUGAUAAAAGUGGAUCAUAAUCGUAAACGUAAGUCAAUAAAUGGGUGACGGGAAGGGGAAGGUAGUGCGAACAGCAAAUAAACAAUUGUUUUGCCAUGCUGUAUCACGACAACGAUAAGGUAGCAUCAACGUACCAGGGGGCUGUUGGUGAUAUUUGAUAAUGCACAAGUGCUGGUUCAUUGGACGUAGUUUUUGGCUAUUUCUUGCUUACAGUUUUUUAGUGUUUCUUCAGUAAAAUAAGAUAAUUGCGUGUACGUAAAUGCCAGCUUAAGAUUGUAAGAAGCUAGACGAAGUGUACUAAAUCUUAAUAAAAUACGCAAGAGAUCAAUUCGCCAUUCAACAGCUGCUUGAUCAAAAAUGAAUUUAUACAAGCCCUAAACAAUGAGCUGAUCUUCUUAUCAUACACAUUA